GUAUGGUGACUAUCCCAAGCUCCCUGAUAAGUCUCUUCAUGAGAGAGACCCCUGGUACCAGUGGGACCAGCCAGACAUGAGGCAUAACUGGGGACAGCCGAUGCAUUGGGACUUUGACAUGUAUCUUCGGAACCGUGUUGAUACUUCCCCGACUCCAGUUCCCUGGCACACCAUGCGCAAACACUUCCUCAUCUUUUUGAGUACCAUGCUGAUCAUGUUUGGUCUUGGAGAGAUCUAUCCAUCUUACAGGCCUGUGGGACCCAAGCAAUAUCCCUUCAACGACCUGUAUUUGGAGAGAGGAGGAGACCCCAACAAAGAGCCACCAGUGGUGACACACUAUGAAAUCUGAAAGUGGUUGAAGUGGCUAUGUUUCUCCUGUGUCAGCUCUGCUGGGGGUGGCAUCUUCUCUAGUGUUCACUGUGGCAUAUGUUAACGCUUGUUCUUCAAUGUUCAGCCCCUAAAUGCAGUGAAAUACAUUGAUGGUAUCUA